AUGGGCAUGUCAAAGCGCAAAGAGGGCCCCAGCAGCAAGGGCAAGCCGGUCCGCCCCUCGAAGAAGCAGAAAGCCCAAGCAUUGGCCGCCUACCACAGUAGUUCAGAGUCAGAGUCAGAGGAGGGAUCCGACAACGAAGGAGGAUUCAAGGGAACCGGUGCCAACGCGACCAUCCCCGGCCACUUGCUUGACUCCGACGACGAAGAUCUCGACAACCUUCUUGCCGACGAUGGCGCAUCCACAGACAACUACGACUCUGAUUCCGACGAAGGCCAACAACAGUCCGACUCCGAGACCGAACAAAAGUCAUCAAAGAAGUCCAAGCAGCCCAAGUCUACACUACAAAAACCCAACAAGUUCAUCGCCAAAGAUGCCCCAGAUUCCUCAGACGACAACGACUCCCAAGACGAGGGCGGCGCCUCGGACCUAGGCUCCGACGACCUCGACGACGAUGAAUUCGACCUCGACGGCUCUGACGCCGAGUCCGGCAAGCAGAACACAAAAUCCAAGCGCAACGACCCCGAAGCCUUCGCCACUUCCAUCACAAAGAUGCUUUCCUCCAAGCUGCCCGCCUCGCGCCGCGCCGACCCCAUCGUUGCCCGCAGUUCCGAGUCCGCCGCAGCCGCCAAGUCGCUCGUAGACGCCGCCCUGGAAGCCAAAGCGCGCAAGAGGCUGCGCGAGCAGAAGCGUCUGGCUUUUGAGAAGGGUCGUGUCCGCGAUGUGCUGGUGCCCAGCAAGACCAGGACGCUGAAUAUCCAGACUGGUGAAAUCGAGGAGAUUCCUGAUGGCAAGGAGGGCGAGCAGACGACGGGGCAGAUUCUGGAGACGGAGAGGAGACUUAGGAAGACGGCGCAGAGGGGUGUGGUUAAGCUGUUUAAUGCGGUUAGGGCGGCGCAGGUCAAGGCCAUGCAGGCGGAGCGGGAGGCUAGGCAGGAGGGUAUUGUAGGUGUGAAGAGGAGGGAGGAGAAGGUUACGGAGAUGAGCAGGAAGGGGUUCUUGGACUUGAUUGCGAGCGGUGGUGGGGGGUUGAAGAAGGGGGGUUUGGAGGAGGCUUAA